UACUAUCUUAUUGUGUCCACCAUGACUUUGUUUCUUCGGCCCUUGAUCUUCUUCCUAUCCUUGCUACCUCUCAUCGCAUCUGGUCUUCCUUCUCCACGUCACUUCUCCGCCCUCAAACCUGCCUAUUUCCUUCUCGCAGGAGAUAGUACGACAGCAACACAAAGUGUAGGAGGUGGCGGCUGGGGAGAUGGCUUUCUCAACUUCACUAUGAAGGAAGGCUCAUCAGGCCGCAACUACGGUCACAAUGGUGCCACGACCAAGAGUUUCCGAGAAGGCGGCGAUUGGAAUCGCUUGAUUGGCGAGGCAAAGACAAAGACGACCAACUAUACUGUUUAUGUGACCAUCCAGUUCGGCCACAAUGACCAAAAGGCAACUUCUGGAGUGAACCUUACCCAGUAUAGCGAUAACCUCGUCGCUUUUGGAAGAGAGGUGGCAGCUAUUGGGGCCAUUCCUGUCAGUCUUCAGAAACGCUCACUCGUUGCUUUUUCAAGANUCUUUGUAACUUCAUUGACCCGUCGCAAAUACACCACCACCACUCCACCCACCGUCAACCAAGACCUAGCCGUCCAACGCAAUCUCACCAUCUCCGCUGCCCGCCAAACCCAUUCGAGAUAUAUCGAUCUCAACAUCGCCUCUACGAAUUACUGCAACGCCAUUGGACCUGAAGAGGCUUGGAAGUACAAUCUGAACCCGACGGACUAUACGCAUUUGAAUGGAUGGGGCAGUGUGGUGUUUGGGAGGAUGGUUAGUGAUUUGAUGGUCAGGAGGUUUGGAGAUAUUGGGGCUGUGACGGAGAGGAAUAGGACGUUGAGUAGGGAGAUUCGGGAGGGGGCUGCUGCGUAG